AUGCAUCCAGAUGAUAUUGAGUAUGCUGAUUUGAUACUGCAGUCAGAUUUUGCUAUUUUUAGCGGGGUUUUUCCACAAAGAAUUUCACAAGGGUCCAGUGGGAGCUACUUUGUUAAUAAUGUUGAAGGGAAAACGAUCGGCGUCUUCAAGCCAAAAGACGAGGAACCGUAUGGCCAUCUCAAUCCGAAAUGGACCAAGUGGAUGCAGAAGAUGUGCUGCCCGUGUUGCUUCGGUCGCGGCUGCCUGAUCCUCAAUCAAGGCUACCUAUCAGAGGCAGGGGCCAGUUUAGUUGACAGGAAAUUAGGCUUUCAUAUAGUUCCGAAGACCAAGGUUGUGAAGCUCGCAAGUCCGACCUUCAACUACAGCGCUAUCGAUAGGGCGAAAUCUCUAACUAAGAAAAACAUCACAGAGAAGUUUCCGCAGAUCGGCAGACGGUUUCACAGGCUGGGUCUGCCGCCUAAAGUCGGGUCGUUCCAAUUAUUUGUAGAGGGUUACAAGGACGCAGAUUAUUGGCUGAGGAAGUUUGAAGCGGAGCCACUGCCAGCUAAUGAGCUCAAGAGUUUCCAACUACAGUUCGAAAAGCUAGUCGUUCUUGAUUAUGUAAUCAGAAAUACCGACAGAGGCAAUACAAACUGGCUGAUCAAAUACGAAAAAGAACCAUCAUCUAACAUCAACAACAGCAACAACAGCGUAGAACCAAAACCAAAGAUCUUAAUAGCGGCCAUAGACAAUGGACUAUCGUUCCCCUUCAAACAUCCUGACGAAUGGAGGGCAUAUCCUUACCACUGGGCCUGGCUGACUUACGCUCGAGCACCGUUCUCAGAAGAGAUAAGAGAAUCACUCCUGCCCAGACUGUCAGAUAUGUCCUUCGUUCAGAGCCUUUGUGAGGAUUUGUAUGAACUUUUCAAGACUGACCGUGGAUUUGACAAAACGGCUUUCCACAGGCAGAUGUCUGUCAUGAGAGGGCAGAUCUUGAACUUGACCCAAGCCCUUCGCGAUGGCAAGUCCCCACUGCAGCUGGUCCAGAUGCCCGCCGUGACUGUCGAACCUAAACGCCGGCGCUACAACCGCCGAAAGAAACGCAAGCGACUCGACAGCGGGGAUAUCCUGACUCAAAAAUUUCAUACUCGGUCGCCAUUCUUUUCUUGGUGCUGA